CUUUCGGUCAGAAACUGCUUCCAGACUUUUGGAAAUGUGGCCAACUGUUUUCAAAUCGAGGGUUAUCAAACUAGCAGAGCCUUUGACUUUUACUCCAUUGUUGAAAAGAUUAUUGUCAUCUGCCAAACAGAAAAGAGAAAGCAGCAGCGCACAGGAUUCCCCAGAAUGGGACAGUGACAUAUCGUCCUUCCUUCUACUUCUGCACCUAUUAUCACCACAGGCUUCUGGAAGAAAGAAAACCCAUAAGAUCAGUAUUUCUCAGGCUGUUGACCGUCUUGUGGUGUUUUUACAAGGCAUGUCGGAGUCUAGAGGAACACCUUGAGACUGAAGAGAAUCGUCAACCCUACAUUCUUGCCUCCGGGAGCAGCAAGGAAGCCAUCAGUCGAUUCUUCAUUGUGGUUGAUAAAAAGAUCAUCCCUUGCCAAGAAUCCUCUUCGCUAGCAGCACUAGAUGAACUCUUUAAGGUCCAUUUUGUUUUCAGCAUCAGUUAUGAUCUGCCACUCAAAAACAUGUACACUUUUCUCCAAACGACAGUUUACAAAAUUGAUGUCGGCACAACCAGUGAAAGCCCAAGGGUAAAGGAACUCAGAGCCAAAUUUUUUAAUGAUCUUUAGAUGCUACAUCUGCAAAUCACUGCUUGAUACUAUUACAAAAUUAUUUAGGCACCUUAAACUUGUACAUGGUUUGUAUCCUGGAAAGAAAUUUGAGUUGGUUUGUGGCCAGGAUGGCUGUUCCUUGCAAUUUAAGAGUUACGCAGGGUUUAAAAAACAUUUAAUUAGGUUUCAUUUGAGUGGUGUAGCAUCAAGCAGUGCAGAAGAAUCUCUGCCUAAUCAGCAUGUUCCAAAUCCUGAUGAAGCAGUAUCACCUGUUGUGUCUGACGAUGAACAAAAUUUACCAGUUCCAAGUUUCCAUGACUGUUCUGCUGCGGCAAGGGACCAUUCCAGGGAAAUGUGUGCAUCCUUAAUAGCUAAAUUGCAGGGUAACGGUGUUGCAAAUAGUGUCAUAAUGUCAGUUAUUGAAAGCAUGGAGAAUUUUGUUAAUGAUUUCCAUACAAGUUUAAAGGAAAAAUUUUUAAAUGUUUUGCCUGUUGAUGGCACAACUAGGAGUUCAGUUGAAGAAGUUUUUAAUAGUUUUCAUAAUUCAUUCUCAGAUUUUAAUACUGAUAGCAAAUGGAAAAAAUAUUUUAGUGAGAAAUGGGGGGUUGUUGAACCUAUUGGUGACAUAUCUGGGUGUCAGAUAUGAUUUAAGGAGAAAUAAAAUCUGAGGAAUGUAUGAGCAAAUACCAGUUAAUGAGACUUUCAUAUAUAUCCCUCUUCUGAAGACUCUAGAGUUUAUUUUUAGAAAUGAUGAAAUUUGCCAUCUUAUGCAAGAGAAACAACAAAGUGACAUGUAUCAAGAUUUUUGUGACGGACAGUAUUACAAAAAACAUCCUUUGUACUCCAGCCAUAACAAUGCUCUUCAGAUCCAGAUUUACUAUGACGAUUUUGAAACUGCAAACCCUUUGGGGUCUAAACAAGGCAUACACAAGCUUGGCUGUUUAUAUUUUGUGCUUCGUAACCUACCACCACGUGUAAAUUCUUCCCUAAUGAACAUUCAUUUAAUAUCUUUGUUCCAUUCUCAAGAUGCAAGAAAAUAUGGAAUGGACAAAAUACUUGGCCCGUUGGUUGAAGACGUGAAAAUAUUUGAGCACACAGGAAUGAAAGCAUCAUUUUCUGAGCAGCCUAUUUUUGGUACUAUUGCGCAAAUUACUGGUGAUAACCUAGGUCUUAAUACUAUUCUUGGUUACGUUGAAUCUUUUUCUGCAAAACAUUAUUGCAGGCUUUGCCUUACUGACAAGGUUUUGGCACAGACUGUAUUUAGUGUGGAUGAUCCACGAGUGAUAUUGCGUAAUAGAACCCUAAAUGAGGAACAUUACAAGUAUCUUGCUGACAAUCCCAAUGAAAACUCCUAUUUUGGUAUUAAAAGAAACACUGUACUCAAUACCUUGACUUAUUUUAAUGUAUCGGAUAAUUUUGUUUUGGAUAUAAUGCAUGAUAGCUUGGAGGGAGUUGCGCAAUAUGAAGUGAAAUUGCUUUUCGAGUAUACGAGUCACAGCCUAAUUUCUGAAGCUUCUAUUCUUCAAAGAGUGUAUGCCUUCAACUAUGGAUAUUUGGACAAAAAUAACCGUCAAACCAAGAUUAACCUUCAACAAGCAGGCAACAGCAUUGGGCUCAAUGCAAAUCAGACCUUAUGUCUCAUUAGGAACAUUCCUCUCAUUUUUGGAGAUGUAGUCCCAGUUGGUGAUAAACACUGGAAUUUGAUGUUGCUCCUUUUACAUAUUGUUAAUAUAGUUUUUUCCUCUUGCAUUUCUGAAGGAAUGACAAUAUUUUUAAAGCAUCUCAUAGUGGAGCAUCAUCAGUUGUUCAAGGAGUUAUAUCCUUCAAAGAAUCUAAUUCCAAAGCAUCACCUCAUGAUUCACUACCCUGAAUGCAUCAGGCUAAUUGGCCCAUUGGUCCACCUAUGGACAAUGCGAUAUGAAGCAAAACACAGGUUUUUUAAGAAAAAUCUAAAAAAAUUAAAAAACCUGACCAAAUCUCUUGCAAGAAAACACCAGUUAGCCAUUGCAUACCACUGGGAGUCAAAUUCUAUCAAAGGUAUUGAGUCUGGUCCAAGGCAAUUUCAGUGCCAUAGCCGAUGAUGAGUUUCAGCGAUUUUUGACCCUUUUGGCUUUCCAUAAUCGCAACAACCUGUGAGGGAUGCGUCUGUUGUCAGCGUCACACAUCGACAACGCGCACCCAACACAGGACCUUGGGACAGAAGCCAUGGCUUUCUUCCUGUUACCAAAGCACGCAAACAACGGUGCGUGACUUUGAUCAUGCGAGACGGGUUUCCCCUCAGGAAAAAUAAAGUAAAGGCUGUAAGCUGUCAUUUCUCAUGUGGAGGUUCUACAGCCUCCUGCACAAGAAUGUAGCCAUGCUCCACUACUGGAGCCAGCUGUAUGCA